AUGGAUGACGACCAGAAUUCCAAGCCAAUAGAAAUUCCAUCCAGAGGAAGGCCUCGAAAGAGAGAUGUGGAAUCCUUUCUACAUGUUACCCAGAUUCGAAAUGGCUUUGGAGACAAAGUUGACUAUGGGCAAAAGCAGUUUACAAAUCAAGUAGAGCAUUUCUCUUUAGGAGGACUGCAAGGGAUGCAGAAUUCCCUACCUAGCGAAUAUCUACAGACCAGCAGGGCCGGAGACUCCUCAGAUAGCAUAACUAAUUUUCUUGGAUUUAGUAAGCCAUUUUCCAGAGCAGGUGAUAUUUCUUCUAAUGAAGCAUGCAACAAUAGCAUUAACUCCGAUAAUUCUCUAGAUGUAAAAAAAGUGGAGACCUAUAGCAAUAACGGUCUGAAUGGGGUGGGGAAAGAUGGAGGAGACUACCUAGGGAAUAGAAAUCCAUAUUAUAGUGGAAGAGCUGGAAAUGAGCAGAGCACUGGGCUUCCAUCCUUUUUUCAGGAAUUCCCGGGAGAGCCCAAAGGCUCACAAGAUAGCAACUUCGGAGAAAUGGGAAGAAGACUGUUCCAAGAAGACGAUGCAUUCGGUAAUACUGGAUCUUUUGGAAGUCAAGGCACACCAUGGAAUUUCCAUCAAGAAUUUUCCAAAGGAAAAGAGGAAUAUGGUAGAUAUGGGCCCUCAAGAAAGAGUAUGGGAGAGGAAAAGCUUUCUGAAGGCCCAACACAUCUCUUGUAUAAGGAAGGCGAAGAACUAAAUCAAGGAUUUCGCAAAGGGCCUUUUCAAGUGAGGAUGGGGCCUGACUCCUACUAUGAAGGAGGAUUUGGAAAUAAUGAAAGGCAUUCCUUUUAUGAAGGAAGAGCUGUUCCCCUUGGGCCUGGGGAAAUUUCUAGAAUACAUGGCUCCGAAGGACCAAGAAAUCACCUACAUAGUGGAGCAUUUUCCUCACCACAUACUCUUGGCGACCGUGAGUUCGGUCAUAGCCAAGCCUCUUUCGGAAGCGGCCAAAAAAUGCACAGGCAGGUGGACGGAGCAGACUAUGACCGGAGAAUGAUGGCAUCUCUCUUUCCGAAUCCAGCCUUCAGGACGCAUUUCCAGCAGAGGUAUACGGAUGUACCUGUACAAAACAAUGCAUGGAUGAACCGGAAAAAGAGGAAGAGUAAUCCUCUCUUGUGGCAAUACAUAAAGAGUAACCAAGGUUUGCACCCGGGAAUUGUUCAUCCAUCAAAAUACUCGAGUCUGGACUUCAUCCAAGGGGUCGAUGACAGCCAAAAGAUGUAUCUUGGGACAAUGAGAAAGAGUUCUCCAGAGAGAAGCAACGGAAAUUCUAUAUUUCCGCUAUUCCUUAAUUCCAAUAAAGGCGUUACAGACGAGUUUAAGGAAGUGGUUCAAAACUUCAAGGACUCGGUAAGCGAGCUUGACUUUAACAAUGUCACAGUUCAGCAACUCAAGAGUCUUAUGAAAGAGUUUGGACUGAACCACACCGGUAAGAAAAACGAGCUUAUCGAAAGACUUCAGGACAUUCUCAAGAAGAUAGAUGGAAAGGAGGCACACAAGCCUGAGGAGCACGUGCAGGAAAAAACAAAGGAAAUCGACGACUUUGAGUUCUAUUUCUUCUAG